ACUAUUUCCAUAACCCCUCUUACCACCACAAAAAUACAAAUACAUUUAUUAGAUGGAAAAUAAUCCAAACCUUCCCAAACCUCCAACUCAAUUAUUAUCUUCAUCACCACCUCAACCUCCGGCACCACACCGAUCAAACAUGCCCAUGUUAUACUACGGUCUCGUCGUGGUCGCCACCGCCGCCAUCGUCCUUGCCGUCUACAACCUCAUAGUUGUAAGGUGGUGCGCCACCCACUACCGACGCUCACGUGAACCUAACCACCUCUCCCGCCACCGGAGAACCACCAACAUCAUGUCAUCAUCACAGCCACCCUCCGCCCUCUCCCGCGGCAGCUCCACCAUUGGUUUGACAUCGAGUUUUCGAUACAAAAAGGGUAGUGAAGAUGCUAACAAACCGCAACUUGAUUACGACAUAGAGUGCUCCGUUUGCUUGUCGGUUUUCGAAGACGGAGAAGAAGUGAGGAAGUUGCCGAUAUGUAACCACUCGUUUCAUGCUUCUUGUAUUGAUAUGUGGUUGAAUUCUCACUUUGACUGCCCCUUGUGUCGUGCUCCGGUGGUGGCGCCACCGCCUCCGCCGGAAACACCGGCACAACACCGGCAUACGAACUCGACUUUUUCGGAGCAUUCGCGGGACGGGUUGUUAGAAAGAGCCAGCUCUUCUACGUAACUGAUUAUUUACGACAGCAGCCGUAUUCAGUAAAUCACACCAAUAGAAAAGUAUAAGAAAUUGGUAUUUUCUAUUUUUUAUUCUUAAAUUUUGUUUUAUUAAUGAAUUAAUUAAUUAUUGCGAUCCGAGAAAAGAAAAUGAGAUUGGUGAAGUUACAAACAAUGCAUGCUGUUGAUUGUUGAAAGGUUGGCGUGCGUGGGGCCUUUUAUGAAAAGAUUCUUUCAUUUUUUAUGUAUCAUAUAAUAAAUAA